AUGGCUAUCCUUCCGAACCCAGAGACCCAUGAAGACGGGAAUGCUACCGCUACCCCAUCCCCAGGACCAAGCCGGCUAGAAAUCGAAACUUGGACUGAACAAGCUACCGAAGCCCUGCAGAAUGUCAUCCUCUCCUCACCGGCUCCCGCUUUUCAUGGCUCUUCAGUAGCCUUAACCAUUCCCCUCGACGAACCGACUUCUAAUCGAGUGAGAUUGGAAGCCCCGCCUCGGCCGCAAGCAUACCCGGAUACACCUCUCAGACGUCAUAGCCACAUUCGACGAGAUAGCCUGAAGCGCCGGGAGGCUUUACUCAAGGGCAAAGAAGGCAGUCGCCGUCGACAGCGAUGGGAAAACGACCGUCUGUUGAACAAUCCUCAUGCGCAACCCCCAUUGCCAAGCGACUGGGAGGUUCACCCAACAUAUCCUCGGCAUGCUGUGCCAUAUUACCUUGCGCCCCUCUGGGACGAGAAAUUAGCCAGGGACCACAAGACCAAGAACGACACAAAAGGUGAAACGACCCAAAGAGAGGAUAGUCUUGGCAAGAUCCCCAAAGAACUCCGGGAGAAGUUCAAGCGGGCACGGGGCGCGAAGAGUCUACUGGAGGCGUUAGAGCGAGAGGUGAGGGCUUUUGUCGAGGAAUGGGAGCAAAAGAAGAAGCAUUCUGCUCACGAUGAUUUCGGCGACCUGGACUCUGAAGACGAGGAGAUCGUCUUUGUUGGCCGUAAUGGCCAGAUGAACGACAUGGCGUCGUCCCGGGCUAGCUUGGAUGAGGUACCAGCACAUCCUGAGAGGCUAGUCUUCGAGAGUCUGGCGGAUGAUCAUGGUGCAAGCUUUGGUCGAUGGCUUGUGCACUCUAUUGCCAGCUAUUACGGUUUGCGAACUUGGUCCGUCACUGUAGGAGAUCCAGCCCGUCGAGAAGCCUAUGUUGGGAUCAAAAUGGAUCGUGUCCGGACAGAGACGAUCCGCCCGGGAUCUCUACCACGCCCAUUAUGGGGCUUGGUAUAA